AUGGUCACGAGGCACCCUUGCAACACACCUAUUGCCGAGCAAGUUUUUGAGCGUUGGCUUUUCCGUGAGCCGGUAUGGGUGAAUGUAAGGCAACUUACCUGGAGCCAAAGGUUUUCCGGGGUAUCGUCUGGAUUCAUGAAAGGAACAGCAAUAUCGGGUAGGAAUCUGAACCUCGCAGUCUGGAUUUUGUUCUGCAACAUCAAUGGCCCACGACCCGCUACCAUAGCCGCAGUCCAGAACUCUUCGCAAGCGAGUGAUCGGAGGGAAGACAAGCCGGUGAUCAAAAACCCGGAUGAAGAUCAGGUGUUGAAGAUCCAGCCGCUCCGCUUCAUCCUAUUGAUAAUCAGCGAUGGGACAUAG